AUGUCCGCCAUUGAGAGGGAAACCGAAGUAAUAUCAGAUGUUGCAGACGUCCUAGAUAAACAUCAUCCCGCGGUGGGAAUGACCCCUCCUGAUUUUGAAAAGGGAGAGUCGCCCCCACUUCUU